UCGGUCGUAGCUAGUCGUCGUCGCCACCGCCGUCUCUACAGUGUCCCGAUGACUCAAAGACCGGCAAAACGCCAAAAACCGUUCAGUGUUAGUUUUGUUUUUAGUAUUUUAUUUCCUAUCCGUGUAUGAGUUUUUGUCUGAAAAAAUAUUAUGCUAUUUUUCAUUUUAAAUAUUUUACGAUAGAUAAACAAAAAUGUAUCGGGAACUGCAGUGUGUGCGAAAUGUUUGGCGAUCUCAUUAGCCGAAAAAUCAUCACCGGACUAAAUAACAUGUAAUAACUACAGGGUAUAUUCAGAUAUCAAAAUGAAGUGGCUCAGGAGUGACGGAGGACCAAUGUUUUACGGUUACAGCAACCGUACACCGGUCACAGGCGAUGUACAAAUGAUUACAACCUGUCUGGUUUUCGGUACGAUUUUCACAGCGUUUCUUAUCAUCUUCCCCGGAGUUCGUAAAGAAAGGUUCACCACCUUCACAACUGUCACCUUGAGCCUGUUCGUCGGAAACGUCAUAUUGUUGUCGAUACUGGGUUCCAGCUGGCACGUGGCUGAAACAGUGAUCACGAGCGCUUACCGAGCUCUUUCCAAAGAACUGAUCACUGCGGAACUUGGUGCAUACGUCGGACUCGGUCAUAUCAACAUAACUCUAUGUGCUAUACCAUCCGACAACUCUUCGAUGCCUUUGGAAGACAUCAGUUUCAACGAACGUUUCUCUUGGCUGGGAGCUCACGAGAUGGGCGAAAGCUAUCAAGCUGCCUUGUACCGAGGCAUGCCCUUCCCCAUACUAACUGUAGCUGAAUACUUUAGUCUGGGUCAAGAAGGAUUUGCUUGGGGAGGACAAUACAGAGCCGCAGGUUACUACGGUAGCAUAUUUUUAUGGACAGCGUUCGUGUUGUGGUUCCUGAUGAACGUGCUGCUAGUCGUCGUUCCACGGUACGGAGCGUACACAAUGAUAGGCAUGGGAAGUUUUAUGGUCGGAGCAACAGUCGCCUAUCACUGCAUGCUUCCGUCGUCGCCUCUAGUCAUACGUUUUCAGGACGACAAGUUUUUACUGUUCAGGCUGGGCUGGUGUUUCUGGCUAACACUUUUCACUGGUCUACUGUGCAUUUCCGUUGGAUUGAUAAUUGUGGCCAUCGACUGCGUGUACCCGCACAAAUUCUCCACAAUUCUCGAAGUGGACUUUGAUACGCCGUACGACCGGCACAUCAUCAUCGAGGAUAGUAUUCACCGGAAGAAACGUGUCGGCAACAAGAGUUUAGAAGAACCUGAGGGCCUUGGCCGCAGGAUAUUAAGGCGACUUUCGUCCAAGAAAGAUGACGACGGCAACAAUCACAUGAAACUCGCUGGCACGGACAACCGUGGCUUUGAAUUGGACCCGGCCCCUCCGAAUUCUCCGUGGAUUCCGUACAACAGGCCUGCAGUUCAGGGAGUGAAAUUCAAUAGAACUAUAUCGCAAGAUUCGAUGACCAGCCAAACGUCCAACUUGGCAGUCUCUUUUAACAAUCGUGACAAGAGCAGGCUGUCUAUAUUAAAAACGUCUUUGCCACCCAUGAGACCGGCACCGGGACAAGCAGUAGUGGUUGAUAGAGCCAAAGAAGUGUCCAUGUGGUAAAACUUCACAGAAUAAUAUAAUUUUAAAUGUGCCAAGCAAAACGAUUUGUGAAAAUUUUUUUGAAGUCUGAUCGUAUAGACAUAUAGAUGUAUACAUAUUAUGUACCAUAUUAUAUAGUACACAAUGACAGUCAUAUAAAAUUAUAAUUAGUUUCCAUCAUAUUAAUUAUGUUGGAUUUUUUUUAAGUGGAACUAAUGAAAUGAAAAGCUUAAAAAUCUAGAUGUCAAACUUUGAUUAACUUAAUUUAUAAUUAAGCCCAUUAGUAUUUAUACCACAAUGAUCAAAAACAUCUAAAAAAUAGGGUUAAGAGUAUAUCAAGGAGUUGUGAAUAUAAUUAUUGUAAUGUUACCUAUAUUUAUUUAUUAAUAUUAUUAUAUAUUUAAUGUUUAUAAUCAUUUAAUUAAGCUAAUUUUUAAAUCAAAACUUUUUUAUUGUAUAAAUUAUUAUUUUUGACAAAUAUAUGUAUUUUUAUUUAUUUUA